AUGGCUCUCAAAACAAUCACGGCCCAAAAUGCAGCGGCGCUUGAUAAAGACCUGAUGGACUCUGGCGCUUUUUCGAUUGAUCAAUUGAUGGAACUGGCAGGGCUUUCGGUGUCUCAAGCCGUACAAUGCCCUUCAACCGUGGACCGUCUAAUCAUAAAAAUAGUUUAUAAAGUCCACCCAUUAAACAAAGGCAGGGAUGUGCUCGUUGUCUGUGGCCCGGGAAAUAAUGCUAUACCAACCACUUUUGCACCACAGCGCUUGAAAACCCAACUCCACAACCUCUCCGUCCCAUUCACCGACGACUUUACCACUUCGCUCUCCAAGACCUCCUUGGUCGUGGACGCCAUCUUCGGCUUCUCUUUCGGCGGGCCACUGCGUGAGCCGUACCCCGCCAUAAUCUCCCAACUGGAAUCUACCCAGGUACCAGUGGUGUCUGUUGACGCGCCUAGUUCAUGGGACAUCGAAUCUGGCCCGCCCAAGGAAGGUCCAGGUGCCAAGUUCAUGCCAGAAGUUCUGGUUAGCUUGACAGCUCCGAAGCCGUGUGUGAAAUUCUUCAAAGGGAGGCAUUUCAUCGGGGGCCGGUUUUUGACGAAGGGGGUAGCGGAGAAGUAUGGCUUGGAUGUGCCCAAGUAUCCGGGAGUGGAUCAGGUCAUGGAAGUUGACGUUGAGGGGAGUGAGAAGCUGUGA